AUGCGGGCUGCGCAGCCGCCCGCCGCGCGGCCCGGGCGCGCCCCGCUGCGGGAGCUGCGGCUGCAGCCGGGCGCCGAGCGAACCUGCCUGACGCCGCUGCUGCAUCGCCUGCGGCUCAAGGACCAUGAUGGCACCAGUCCGGGACCGUGCACCCCGGGGCCCCCUGGCAGCAUUCCCCCAAGGCUGUACACCCCAGGCCCCCCCAGCAGCAUCCCCCUGGGGUUGUGCACCCCAGGGUCCCCUGGCAGCACCACCCUAGGGCCCACCAGUAGCAGCAUCCCCCUGGGGUUGUGCACCCCAGGGUCCCCUGGCAGCACCACCCCAGGGCCCUCCAGCAGUAUGCCCUUGGGGCCAUGCACCCCGGGGUCUCCUGGCAGUACCACCCUGGGACCCCUCAGCAGUGUCACCGCAGUGCCGUGCACUCUGGGGCCCUCUGGCAGCACCACCCUGGGGCUCUGCAGCCCAGAGCCCCCCAGCAGUGCCAUCCUGCAGCCCCCUGGUAGCACCAGGGCCCUGGAGCCCCUUGCAAGCUCCCCCCUGGGGCCAAGCACCCUGGAGCCCCACAGCAGCGCCGCACCAGGUCCCUGCACCCUGGAGCCCCCCAGCACUCCUGAGAGUGUGCCUCUGAGGCCCUGCAGCCUGGAGCUCCCCGGCAGUGCCACCCCAGGUCCCUGCAGCCUGGAGCCCCCUGAGAGUGUGCCUCUGAGGCCCUGUAGCCUGGAGCCCCUUAGCAGUGCCACCCCAGGGCCAAGUGCCCUGGAGCCCCCCAGCAGUCUGGAGCCCCACAGCAGCGCAGCACCAGGUCCCUGCAGCCUGGAGCCCCCCGACAGUGCCACCCUGGUUUCCUGCAGCCUGGAGCCCCCCAGCAGUGCAGCGCCAGGUCCCUGCAGCCUGGAGCCCCUUAGCAGUGCCACCCCAGGGCCAAGUGCCCUGGAGCCCCCUGAGAGCACCACCCUGGGGCCCUGCAGCCUGGAGCCCCCUGAGAGCACCACACCAGGUCCCUGCAGCCUGGAGCCCCCCAGCAGCACCACACCAGGUCCCUGCAGCCUGGAGCCCCCUGAGAGCACCACCCUGGGGCCCUGCAGCCUGGAGCCCCCCAACAGUACCCCCUUAGGACUCUAUACCCCAAGGCCCUGUGGCAGCAUCGCACUGGGUUCCCCUGGCAGCGCUACCCCAGCGUCCUGCAGCCUGGGGUCCCCCGGCACCAGCUCCACCCCACAGGAAGCCCCCUUCCAUGGGUGGCGAGUGGCACUCACUGACCUCACCAGCAGCCCCACAGCGCCCGUCAGCCUCUCCUGCAGCCUGGUGGCAUCCGAGCCCCCAGGCAGCCAUGGGGAUUCCAGCCUGGCACCCUGCAAAGGCACCUCCAGGGGUGCUGCGUCGCCAGCCCCCUCCCCUCCGGGGCAGGCCCCCCCUGAGCCCUCGCCCACCAAGGUAGAGGAGUUGGAGCCCGCAGGGCCAGAGCCAGCGGCCACCCUUGUCCCCUCGCCUGAGCUGGCCCUGAGUGCUGUGUCCUGGAUGAUGCCACUGGCAUGGCUGGAGAAGAGCCUCAACUCCUCGUCCCUGCUGGAGUCCCUGCGGCAAAGCCUGCCCCUGCCCGUGCUGCAGCAGGAUGCUGGCACCAGCAUCACCCCCGUGCCCACUGUGGCCACCGGGACCUUCAUGACCCCGCGGGACCUGCUGGAGAGGAGCAUCAACACGUCUGCGGAUGGGCCUGCUCGCGCCAAGGACAGCGCUGCCGAAACAGACUGUCUGCUCUGGCACUGUCCCCGGGAGCAGCUGAAGUCCCUGCCGCGAGCGGAGCUGGAGGGGCGGCUGGAGAGCACCCUCAUCAUCAUCGAGGCGCUCUCGCUGCAGCUGCGCGGCUGGCAGGAGAGCCGGCGGCCGCUGCCCGGCGUGGGGCCGGCCGAGCAGAGGGACGCGUUCGCCCAGACAGAUGUCACCCACCCCGAAGGGAGCGCCUGGGCUGAGCAGUGCCUCCUGUUUCGGGGCCUGGCGGACGCCGCUCUCGGGAGCCUGCGGGACGAUCGGGGAGCCCUGGCCCGGGAGCGCGAGCAGCUGAGGAGCGUGGCGGCCCGGUGCAAGGCCGUGCUGCAGAGCGUGCCCGGCAAGCUGCGGAGCUGCCUGGAGGAGCGGGACGCCGCGGGGCGGCGAGCGGACGAAGCCCUUCGAGCCAAGGAGGAGGGAGAUCGCUUUCUGGAGGCCUUCCGCUCCCACGCCACCACGCAGAUCAGCAUGCGGGAGCAAAGCCUGGCCUCCCAGAGAGAGCUGGGCACGCUGCUGGCAGAGACCAUCGACCAGCAGGCAUCUCUGGCUGCUGAGUCCCAGCCCUUCCGGGAAUUCAUAGACGUCACCUUUGAAAACCUGCGGGGGGAAAGGAGGGCCCUGGGCGAGGAGCGAGACCAAGUGAGGUCCCUGGUGUCCCGGUGCAAGGCCAUGCUGCAGAGCGUGCCUGGCAAGCUGCAGAGCUGUCUGGAGGAGCGGGACGCCAUGAGGCAGCGAGCAGAUGAAGCCCAUCAAGCUAGGGAGGAGGCCUCCCGGCAGCUGGAGGAGGCAUUGGGGGCACUGCAGGACUCGGUGGCUCAGGUCGAGCAGCUGACGGUGGCCAACUCACGCCUCAGUGCAGACCUGAGCAGCCAGAUGAAGGAGCUGGCCGGCCUGCAGCAGGAGCGGGACGCGCUGCGGCAGGAGAACGAGGACUCCAGGGAGGAGGCAGCCUGGCUGGCGAGGGAGAGGGACGCCCUGCAGCGGGAGCGAGACGGGCUGUGCCAGGAGCUGCGGGAGAUGACGGAGUGCCGGGAGUUCAUCGACCAGGAGAACCGCAUGUCCCGCACGCAGCUGAUGGAGGCAGAGGCCAAGCUGAAGUCCACGCUGGCCGUCCUGCGGGAGCGCAGCCUGCAGCACGAGGAGCUGAAGGACUCGCACCAGUGCCUGCAGGAAGAGCAGGCUGCUCUCUGCAGGGAGCUGGAGAGCACGAAGGCCGAGCUCCAGGACCUGCAGCUCAAGAGGGCCAAGGUCUCACAGUGCUCUGCGGACAUCGCCGAGAGCAAGAUGAGGCUGCAGGACCUCGCCGACUGUCUCAGAGCUGCCCUGCAAGAGGGGGAUGACAGCGCCCCGUCGAGAAGCAGAGCCUGGACCCCAGCCCCGCGGACGCCGGGCUGGCAGACGCCCCGCGGCGCAUGGACCCCCGCCUGCCGCACGCCGGCGUGCCGCACGCCGUACCGCGCCGGGGACUCCUUCGUGGGCAGCGUCUUAAAAGCAGCAGCAGGGAAAGAUGCCGACGAAGCCACCGGAGGCGGGAGCGCGUUUACCAGGGUCGAACCUGCCUCUACACCAAAGCAAAGAGAGCCCGAGGACGGCCUGCUGGAGAGUGUGAGGGAGCUGAGGACCGCCGUCUCUGACCUUGCUGCGCUGAGCUCCCGCGUCCAGGAGCUGGAGCAGAGCGAGUUCGAGGCGCUGCAGACGGAGAUCUCCAACCUGCACCUGAGGCUGGAGAUGGUGACUGCCGAGAGCCAGGAGAAGACAGACGCCCAGGCCGCCACCAUCGCCAAGCUGAACAAGGCCUUGAGGGGCAAGCUACAGAACGAGAAGGAGCUGCAGGACGUUGUGAAACAGCAGGAAGAGAAGAUGCUGCAACUCAUCGACAAGAGUGGGGAAGUCAUGAGGCUGAAGGGAGAGGUCUCCCAGCUGAAGCGCUCGCUCCAGCGUGCCGAGACGGAGGCCAAGGUGCUGUGGGAGGAACUGCGAGGGCAGGAGCCCAAGGUGGAUGCUGCCUGCGUCCAGGAGCGAGUGCUGCUGCGGCAGGAGGUGGACAAACUGCGGCUGCUGCUCCUGGAGAAAGAGGAUGAAAGCUCGCUGCUCUCAAACAAGUACCUGGAGCAGAUUCGAGGCCUGGAGCUGAGGCUCUGCCAUGCGCAGAAGGGGCUGAGGAACCAGGAGGAGAUGCAGGAGAAGAUGAGAGAGGUCCUGUCGUCCAUCCCCGAGGCGGCAGCAGGCUCCCAGGAGCUCCGCAGCCUGCUCCGAUACCUGGGCCUGAAGCCGGCCAGCGGCAGCAGGGACUCUGUGGACCUGCUAUAGCCUGUAGCAUGAAAUGCUCCGGUUCUUAACGAUGUAAUUAUUUAUUGAGUAAAGUUUG